AUCUUCCCAUCAACAUACUACUAGGUACGCCUAUUGACUUUGAGAAUUUCGAUACAUCUCGAUCGAAUAGGCCUGCAAGAUGUCAUUCAAAUUUGAACAAUUCGUAAGGUUCACAACCGAUUCAGUCGGCCUUGAGAGGACCUUCCGUCUCUUCCAAUCCAUCGUGCAGAUCCUCUCAAACUUCGCUCUCCCCUUCGAUCUACUCCUGCAACUCUUCACCUUCACCACAGAAAAGACCCCCUCCCCCGCAACGACUCGCGUCGUCCUUAAGGCUUUGAAUCAGCGAUUAGCCCUUGCUCGGCGCUUCUUCCGGCUCUUCCGGUUCCUGGACUCCUUCAGCGCGGCACAAAAGCUCUCUUCCAAGCUCACCGCCGCCCAGGACCAGAAAGGCGCACCCCCGCGCGGGUUCGUGUCGCGCGUGCACCCGUGGAUCGACGUGUUCGCCAAGACCUUCAUGGGGAUGUACCUGCUGCUGGAAGCCAGCACGAUCGUCGACGCGCUGCAAGUCCCCGGCCUAGCGAUCUGGACCGCCGAGCGGGAGCGCACCAUCUCCGUCGAGGCCCAGCGGUUCUGGCUGUUCUCGCUCGUCUGCAGCGCCGUCUACAGCGUCCUCGAGAUAUCAUUUACGCUUUCCGCCGCCGCCGCGGCUCAACCCGCGCCAGCCAGCAAGGGCGCUGCUUCUGAGAAGAAGAAGGUCGCCGGGAGUCAGGAGAAGCGCAAGCGGGAGGUCACGACUAAAGUGUACAAAUUGGGCCGCGGCGCCACGGCUAGCCUUCUCGAUAUUUUCCUGCCGGGCACUGCGGUCGGCUGGGUUAAAGCCGAACCUGGGACUGUCGGCUUGGCCAUGUUCGUGACGACGAUCUUGACGAUGAUGGAUGUGUGGGAGAGAUGUGGACGAGAAGUUGCAGGGGCUAGGUAGAAAUUCGGGACGUUGGAUCCUGAUGCUUAGCAGACCCUUUUAGACAUCAAGUUUGGGGUCAAUCUGGGGAGAAUUGGAUAGACUUUCGACUUACUGUUGGAAAUGAGGCUACGAGACCAUGAAAGGAGAUGAGAUAGAGAUACGACGUUAAGUGCCUUAAGCAUAAAGACGUUAAUUGCAAAGGCAAGAUACUCAUGGAUGAUUUCUUUUUGAAUUAUUGGAUAGAGGGUUGGUGUCACUAGUAAGUAGGUACCUAGCAAUGUCUAGGAAUUGAGUGCUGCCUCUGUGCGGAUAUGUACAAAGUGACGAGUA